AUGAACACCCACUCUUCUCCCAAAAGGCAAAAAUUUUGCCGUGCUCUUCGUCCUCGGUUCGUCCUUAUGUUCCGGGAAAAUAGAAGCCUGCUCACUAUCUUGAUAGGAGACAACCUGCGCACGUGGAUGCAAGCAAACCGUGAAACGCCUCUUGCGGCUCGGAUCCAGGAGAAGCUCGACCACCAAGGGUUUCUCACGUCUGCAGAACUGAACCCCCUCCUGGGCCUUGCGAUCGAGAAUGCAAUGCCACAGGACAACCUGAAGGGAAUAUUGAUCGACGGCUUUCCAAGCUGUGAGGAGCAGCUCAACUCGUGGGCAAAGUGGCCCUUCCAGGAAAAGCUUCCUUUGGAGGGCGAUCCGAAGCCCGAUGUCGUCCUAUUGCUCAACGUGACGAGAGAGAAUGCAGAGGCGAGGUAUCUCGCGCGAGGUCGCGGUCGCAACGACAGUGCAGAGAAGUUCACGAGGCGAUUUGCUGAAUCCCUAGAGGAGGGACUGCCUGUGGAACGAUACUACCGGCAAGCAGGUCUACUAGUUGACAUCGACAAUAACGGUACCAAGGAAGAGAAUAUUGCGGGGCUUCAGAAGACGCUGAGAGACAGUGCUCUUUGGAGUAGUGCAGUUGGGGAUCAGGAUAUGAAGUCUUCUUUCAUUGUAUGA